GUUGGCAGUCCCACAUCUCUGCCAACUCUGACUUCAUCUUCCCACGUGGGCGCCGUGGCCCAUGUACAGGAUUUGUUUACAUGCGCGACGUGAGGUUUUGCUGCCGUGUCGCCCUAACCUGCAUACACACAUAUACACAGUGGGAUCUUGUUGCCAAGAAAUUCAGUUGUCUCUGACUAUACCAAAGACAACAUGGUGAAGAAGAAAAUUGACAACCGAAUACGUAUCCUGAUUGAAAAUGGAAUGGUGUUGGGCCACAGAACUCUUGUGGUGCUUGUUGGGGAUAAGAGCAGAGAUCAGGUUGUGUAUUUGCAUCACAUGUUGUCCAAGUCCAGUCUGAAGCAAGCCAAUGUCUUAUGGUGUUACAAGAAGGAGUUGACCUUCUCCUCCCAUCGAAGGAAAAGAAUGAAGCAGCUCAAAGCUAAAAUCAGGUCUGGACAAGCUGAGAUAAAUGAGGAUGAUCCCUUUGAGAUGUUUGUGUCCAUGACUGACAUCAGGUAUUGUUUCUAUAAAGAAACUCACAAAAUUCUGGGCAACACCUAUAAAAUGUGUGUUUUGCAGGACUUUGAGGCUCUGACACCCAAUAUCUUGUGCCGCACCAUGGAGACAGUGGAGGGUGGAGGACUGAUAGUGCUGCUGCUGCAAAGCCUCACCUCGUUGCGCCAGCUAUAUACCCUCAGCAUGGACGUGCAUGCUCGAUACCGCACUGAGGCACACCAGCAUGUUGUGCCCAGGUUCAAUGAGAGGUUCAUCCUGUCAUUGGCCUCGUGUUCUGUCUGUGUGGUGAUGGAUGACCACCUACGUGUCUUGCCCAUCUCCUCGCACUUGCGGGAUCUUCAGGCAGUGGCCCUGCCCUCCACCACCACCCCUCUCUCCCCCCAAGACCAGGAACUAAAGGACCUGAAAGAAUCAUUGAAGGACAAUCCUCCCAUUGGACUUUUGAUUGAUUUGUGUAAAACAUUAGAUCAGGCAAAGGCAGUACUACAGUUUGUGGUUGCCAUCACAGAGAAGACACUGCGCACCACUGUCACCCUCACUGCUGGCCGAGGGAGAGGCAAGUCUGCUGCACUAGGACUGGCUAUUGCUGGUGCAGUAGCAUUUGGUUACUCCAACAUCUUUGUGACUUCUCCAAGUCCUGAGAACUUGAAUACUUUGUUUGAGUUUGUGUUGAAGGGACUAAACACAAUGGGUUAUGAGGAGCAUCUUAACUACCAAGUGUUGCGUUCAGCUGACCAGCAGUUCAAUAAAUGUGUUUUGAAGAUUGUGGUGACUCGAGACAGACAACAAGUCAUACAGUACAUUCCUGCUAGUGAGAGCAGCUGCCUGGGUCAGGCCGAGCUGGUAGUGAUAGAUGAAGCAGCUGCUAUCCCUCUACCUUUGGUCCGCCAGCUUUUAGGUCCAUACUUGGUGUUCUUAUCGUCAACUGUGUCUGGAUAUGAAGGCACUGGAAGGUCUCUUUCCCUCAAGCUAAUUGACCAGCUUAGAAGUCAAACUAAGGAAAACACUGCAGAGACCAACAGCACAAACAAGACAACAAAAACCACAGAAUUAGGCCGAGUUCUGCAUGAGGUCACUUUGGAAGAGUCAAUCAGGUACAAAAGUGGUGAUCCAGUGGAGACCUGGCUGCACCAACUGCUGUGUCUUGAGGCAUCAUUCACUCCUGUGCCCUCACUUGUAUCUCCUCCUGACAAGUGUCAACUCUUUUAUGUCAACCGUGACACUCUUUUUGGCUACCACAAGGCAUCAGAGAAAUUUUUGGCACAGGUGAUGGGUUUAUUGGUGUCCUCCCAUUACCGCAAUACCCCUGAUGACAUGCAGACUCUUUCUGAUGCACCAGCCCACCAUUUGUUUGUUUUGCUGCCAUCCCAGGACCAAAUGAAGGAGGACAUGCUGCCCCCAGUUCUUGGGGUUCUGCAGGUAGCUCUCGAGGGGAAAAUAUCCAAGUCCUCAGUAAUGUCAGCACUGACCCAGGGAGAGAAGCCAGCAGGAGAUCUCAUUCCCUGGACUGUCAGUAACCAAUUUCAGAACUAUGAUUUCCCACAACUAUCAGGAGCUCGCAUUGUUCGCAUUGCAAUUCAUCCCAACCUGCAGGGGAAAGGUUACGGUAGCCAUGCCAUGAAGUUGCUAAGUGAAUACUACAGUGAAGCAAGCAUCCAUGCUGACUACACAGACACUGCAACCCCUGAGAAGCAGGUAGCUCAUCUGGUACAGGACAGUCAGGUGAAUCUCUUGGAGGAGAAGUUGGGUCCCAACUCGCAGUCUCUACCGCUGCUACAACCUUUGUCUGAGCGGCCCCCAGAAGCCCUUCAUUACCUCGGGGUGUCAUAUGGAGUCACUGGUCAGCUCCUUAAUUUCUGGAAGCGUGUCGGGUUCACCUCUGUAUACCUUAGCCAGAUAUCCAAUAGCACAACUGGGGAGCACACAAUGAUCAUGCUCAAGGUCCUUGGGGAAGAUAAGGAGGCUCGCACUCAGUCAUGGUUGGCAGAUCUUUGGUUUGACUUUAGAAAAAGAGUUAUGAAUCUCUUGCCUGCAGCCUUCAAGGGUUUUGAUUGCAAAUUUGCCCUCAACCUCUUGACCAACAACAUCUACAAGAAAACAAGGGAAGCCCUCAGCAUGAUGGAGCUCAAACUUCACUGCACUCCUGGUGACCUGCAGCGGCUGGAGGAGUUUGUGCACCACCAGUGUGAGGCAGCCUUCAUUGUGGAUAUCCUGCCUACCCUUGCCCAUCUCUAUUUCCUCAGGAAGAUUAAAGACUUCAAGCUAAAGCCUGUGAAAGCUGCCAUUCUGUGUGGAGUUGGUAUACAGCGCAAGACACCACACACUGUUGCAGCUGAACUUGGCAUUGCACACAAUAUUGUAAUGAGCCAGAUGCAUUCACUCAUUACUGACCUUACCAAGCAAAUGAGGAAAAUGUGGGAAGAAGCAUCAGGAGGUCAAAGGCCAAAUGAUAAAAGUGAAGAAGGCAUCCUGCAGGAUUUGGCUCUCCGAAUGCAGGAAAGUGUGCAGAAAAUCAAGGCUAAAGAGGAGGAUGACAGACAGAAGGUGACACAACUUAUUGACGUUACUCAGUUUGGGAUCAAGGCCAGAGAACAAGAAAGGAAAGAAUACACUGUCAGCAAGAGAAAAAUCAAGCUUGUUAAAGAAGAGAAAAAGAAGAUGAAACAUGAAUGAAUGGUUCAAUUGUAUUAAUUUUACUGAAUAAAUGUCACUUUUGUU